GAGCACUCGCAGGGCACUGGGUACCCAGCACUGAGUACAUCAACUCCUGGAGCUGAGAAUGGCCUGCGGUGGCAAGCGUCUGCUCUUCCUUGCUUUGGCAUGGGUACUGCUGGCUCACCUCUGCAGCCAGGCAGAAGCAGCAAGCAACUACGACUGUUGCCUCUCGUACAUACAGACGCCUCUUCCUUCCAGAGCUAUUGUGGGUUUCACAAGACAGAUGGCCGAUGAAGCUUGUGACAUUAAUGCUAUCAUCUUUCACACGAAGAAAAGAAAAUCUGUGUGCGCUGAUCCAAAGCAGAACUGGGUGAAAAGGGCUGUGAACCUCCUCAGCCUAAGAGUCAAGAAGAUGUAAAAAACUGAUGCUUUUUUGGGAUGGAAUUGGACACAGCCCAAGGAGGAAAUGAUCACAGCUGGGGUUGAAGGCUUCACCUGCACAUCACUGCACAGACCUGAUUUGUGUCCCAGUGGACUUGUCCAAUGGAUGAAGUUGAUUCAUAUUGCAUCAUAGUGUGUCAUAUUUAAGCUCACAUUAGAGUUAAGUUGUAUUUUAUGUUAUUUAUAGAUCUGAAUUUUCUAUGUUUAGCUAUUUAAUGUUAAUUUCCCACAAUCCAUGGGGGCGCUUAGUGGAAGGAUUAAUAUUAUGUUUAAGGGAAUAGUUUAUAUGGACCUUUUUGUCAACAAUAAGCUAUUGUAAAGAUAUUUAAUGUUCUGUUUAUUUAAUUGCUUCUUAAAUUGAUAUGAUUUUCUUAUAAAACAGAAAAGAAUUAUAAGAAUAUAUUGAAAAUAAAAGAAUUGAAAGGUA